CAAGUGAUUUGCUCCAAAACCUUCGUUUGUCUAUAGUCUAAAAAGCCCCUGUAAAAAAGAUUAAGCCAGCACUCCUGAAGCUAGCUCUACCUUUGCUUCCCAGCACCUACCCUCAAAAAAAAAUUUAUUUUUAAUUGAAGUAUGUUAGUUUCUCACAUGGUGGCUGGAGCUCAGGUCUUUCUCUGAUUGGGGCAGGGGAACAGAUACUUCCCUGCUCAGCCCCGCUCCUUCCCCAGAAAAGAGCGGAGUAGGUUUAGUGGAAGAUUUGCGGGUUACGAAGGGGGGAGGGGUUGAGGAGGAGGGCUUUUCCUGGGGCUAGAGGUACUGGGGGAGGGGCGCUUCUUUGCCUCCGCCUCCCACUCGACUUUUGAUUCGAGAAUAAAGGGCGGCUGCUCUGGAACAGCUCAGAACUGAGGAGCCGCCCAGGAGAGGGACAGUCUUUUGUCACAGGAGGGUCCAGGGACCUGAUUCGAGAGAGAAAAGCCUUGGAUUUCCCUUCCCAGCAGCAUCCCCUGAAGAUUCAAAAGGCCUUUCCCCUUCCAGAGUUCGGAUCAUCCAUCCCAACCAAGAAUCAUGGACCUCACGCCCAAGAACAUAGCAUCUUUGUGGAUAGUCAGUACCCUUCUGCUGUUGCUGGUGAUGCCAGGGGAUGCAGGCAACUUCCCUUCCUAUUCUUGGAGAGAUGCAAAGACCCACGAGUGGCUAAUGUGUGAGCAGUGCCCACCUGGCACCUUUGUGAAGCAGCACUGCAGCCCCGGGAGCCCCACGGUUUGCGAGUCAUGCCCAUCACUACACUACACACAGUACUGGAACUACCUGGAGAAAUGCCGAUACUGCAAUGUGUUCUGUGGGGAGCAUGAAGAGGAGGCUCAGGCCUGCAACGCCACUCAGAACCGAGCCUGCCGCUGCCAGCAGGGUUACUACGCCCAUGCUGACUUCUGCAUUGAGCACUCGGCCUGUCCCCCAGGCUCUGGUGUGGUUACUCUGGGAACCCGGAACCAGAACACGCAGUGCCAGCCAUGCCCCAAAGGCACCUUUUCAGACAACAGCUCCAGCACAGAGAGGUGCCAGCCACAUCGGGACUGCACCGCCCUUGGCAUGUUCCUCAAUGUUCCUGGGACCUCAUUCCAUGAUGCCAUGUGCACGCGCUGUGCUAGCUUCCUGAGCAGCACUCCUAAGCCAGGUGACAAGGAAUGUGAAGAGGCAGUGAUUGCCUCUGUGGCAUUCCAGGAUAUUUCACUGAAGAGACUGAUGAGGCUGCAGCAGGCCCUAGAGACCCCUGGGAGCUGGCAGAGGCAGUGGCCGGAGCCAGAGAACCGGGCUGCUGUGCAGAAGGAGCUGCUACACAGGUUAACUGAACUCAGAGAGACCCAGGGAUCUCCAGCCCUUCUACUCCGGUUGCUAUCGGCUCUUCGGAAAGCCAAGCUAACCACCUUGGAGAAGAAUAUCCGGAAGCACUUCUCCCUUGACCUGGAAGACUAGACCAAAGUUUCUUAAACUCUGGGUCUCAACCCCACAUGAGCUCGAGUGACUGAGUGUGGGGGUCAUGAAAAAUUUGGCCACAGUAAAAGGUUACGUAUACCUAUUUUAUAUACCUAUAUACUCGGGGUCGCGUAAAAAUUUCUUGGGAUUGAAAAGGCGUCAAGCGGAUAAAAGUUUAAGAAGCCUUGGACUAGACCACCCCCAAUCCCUGGAUUUGUCCAAGGCUCCAUUAGACCAACUCCUCCUCUAGGAGGCUAGGCCCUGGGGUGUCUGAGGGCUCAGACUGCUGUUGCAAUGUCUCUUGUAGAGAAAGAGCCAAUAGGCAGUGUCCCUUGUGGGCCUCCUACCAAAAACUCUUUGGACUUAUUUAUUUCACAGCCAGGUGGCGAUGUGGAUAGAGUGCUGGGGGUGAAGUCAGGAACACCCAUCUUCCUGAGUUCAAAUCCAGCCUCAGACACUGACUAGCUGUGUGAUCCUGAGCGAGUCACUUAACCCUGUUUGCCUCAGUUUCCUAAUCUGUAAAAGAGCUGGAGAAGGCAAUGGCAAACCACUCCAGUAUCUUGGCCGAGAAAACCCCAAAUAGGGUCACAAAGAAUCAGACACGACUGAAAAACGACUGCACAGUUUCCAUCUCCACCAGCCCCUCUAUUUUCAGAGGUCACAGUUCCCCAACCUCACUGGGGUAUCCGUGGAACUAAUGGGACUUGUAUCGUGAAGAAAAAUUGUCUUUAUAUCAAACUUUUGUAAGCCCACCUUUGUGCCUGUUUCUAGUGCUUAGCACAGUCCCUGGCAUAGGGUAGGUGCUUAAUAAAUGUUUAUUGACUGA